GUCAGACUUCCAUGUACGAAGCCCAUAAGUUUCAUCCAACAAGUCGCCAUGUCCACGGCUUCCUUUGGUGUCAUCGAAUCUGGUCCCACUGUUGCUGGCGAUGCCUUGAACUGUCUCUUCGGUAUGCCGUAUGGAUGCUCUCUAUCGGCAACAAUUGUUUCAGCACAGGAUCCUGCUCUCCAAGCCAUCUGCGUUCAUUCUACCUGCCCAAUUGCUCCCAACGUCACCUGUUCGAGCUACACAACUGCUGAGAAACCAUCGAUUGCCAUCUCCAGUUUGAUACCAAGCGCUACAGCAAAUUCUUCCAUGCCGGCUACCAUCUCGACUACUGCGAGCAUUAUUUUGGGAUUUAGUAUUGCUGCCUUGGCUACUCGUUUCGCGGCGAUGUUGCCGUGA